CCCAAACCCGGCCCUUUCUUUCUCUCUCCCAUAUCUUAUUGCCUCAAUCUCUCUCUUUCUCUCUCUCUCUCUCUCUGGAGAGGUUUUCUUUCUCUUUUUUCCUUUCUUCCUUUUCUUUGUCCCUUAUCGCCUCACUCAGAGACCUUCUUCUCUCUCUGUCUCGGAGAAACUCUCAGAAGCAGAAAAUAAUAAAAACGGCAAAAAAAUAGAGUUAGAAAAAAAAAUUCGAAUUUAAUUUAAUUGGUGAAAUUGGAGAAUUCUUGGAGGGCGGAACCUUUUACCCUAGCUGGAAUUUGCUGCUGUAUUUAUAUAACCUCCGCCGGAGAGGAGGCGGAAAGAUCUUUUUUUAUCAGUUGGUCAAGGAAGAAGAUUUGGGCGGCGGCGUUUUUGUGGGUGGCAGAUGCGAUAUAGGACUAUAGGAGUAGGUGGAAGAGGAUUUGAUGCCGCCGGAGCCAUUGCCUUGGGAUCGGAAGGAUUUCUUCAAGGAGAGGAAGCACGACAGGCCGGACCCGCACCACCACCAUCAUCACCAUCCUGUUGGUGGCGGAGGAGGAGGUGGGGGUUACGGCGGUGCCGGAGGGGGAUUCGGUUCUGCGUCCAGAUGGAGGGAGCCGCCACACCCUCAUCCUCAGCCCUACUACGGUUCACCUCGUUGGGCUUCUGAUUUUCGUUACAGACCUCCUCCUGGUUAUGGUAAGCAGGGUGGCAGACAUCUUUAUUCUGAAGAAUCGAGUCAUGGGUUUGCACCAUCUCGUCCAGGUGAAAGGAUGCCUGAGAGGAUGUCUGAUGACGAGGGAGGUCGGGCAUCAGGGGCUGGGAAGUACAUCAGGAGCAACCGCGAUUAUAGGGGUAAUAAGGAUUCAAAAGGUCAAUAUUGGGAAGUCAGUCUAUCUCCCAAUGGUCCUGGAAGACCCAAUGGUACCUCUGAACAACGAAGGACAGUUGAUGAUGUGAUAACCUGCAAUUCCUCCCAACCUCAGUUCGAAUAUGGGAACUCAUGGGAUCAAAGUCAUGUUAAAGAGCAACACGAGAAGAGCAGUGGUAUGAAUUUAUCAGGAAGCUCGGGACAGAGACUUGAGAGGGAGAAUUCGUUAGGCUCAAUUGAUUGGAAGCCUUUGAAAUGGACUCGGUCUGGAAGUUUGUCUUCACGAGGCUCUGGUUUUAGCCACUCAAGCAGCUCAAAGAGCUUGGGAGCUGAUUCCAGUGAACUGAAGGCUGAUCUGCCUCUGAGUAGCUUAUCUCCUGUCCGAUCUCCGAGUGUAGAUGCAGUGCUGACUCCUGCACCUUGUGAGGUAUCUGCUGCUCCAUCUGACGAGACAAGUUCUCGCAAGAAGCCUCGUUUAGGUUGGGGUGAGGGGCUGGCGAAGUUUGAGAAGAAAAAAGUCGAUCCCAUUGAUGAUAAUGCUUCCAAGAAUGCAACUUUGUGCUACAGCCUUAGCAGAGAGCCUAUACAUGUGCCACAUUCAACCUUCUUGGCUGAAAAAAGCCCUCGAAUCAAUGGGUUUUCUGACUGUGCAUCUCCAGCAACUCCCUCUUCUGUUGGAUGUAGUUCCUCUCCAGGUCUAGAGGAGAAACAAUCCGCGAAAUCUGUGCAUAUCGAUCAAGACACUUCUAAUAUGUGUCUCUCUCCUGGUAUUGUGUUUCAAAAUCAUAUUGAGGGAUCGACAUUUGACUUGGAGAAUUUGGACCUUGCACAAAGUGCUCAUUUGAGUUCUGCAAUCAACAACUUGCUACAGUUGGAGGAUCCAGGCACCGUAGACUCUGGAUUUGUUAAAUCUACUGCUAUAAACAAGUUGUUGGUGUGGAAAGAUGAUGUUUUGAAGAAGCUGGAGGUGACUGAGUGUGAGAUUGACAAGCUUGAAGUUGAAUUAAAAUCAUUGAUGGUUCUUCCUGAGAACAACUUUCUCCAUGCAUCUGCGCCCAGUUCUCUUCCUGUGGAUUCAAUUCCUCCAGAACAAGAUGCUAACUCCAAUACUACAGGGAGGCCAGCUCCAUUGGAGCUUGUGUCCAUACGAGAUAGUGAUGUGGAGAUCCCUGAUAUACCGGGGGGCGACCUUGCUGAGGUGAAACAUGUAGAGGUUGAUAGUCCGGGUAGUGCAACUUCGAAGUUUGUUGAAGUGUCAUUGGGUAAAGAUGUGUUUCCUUCUGAAAAGGAAGCUGCUGUGAAAGGUCCCUCAAAUAUAAGUAUGGAUAAAUCUCCAAGUUUUGAUUUGAGGAGUGACAACAGUGUGCAUGAGGGGAGUGGAGACAAAAUUAGUGCUUAUUCUGAUGUUUCUCAAAUGGUUUCCAGUUGUCCGACUCAGGUGGAUGAAUUGCAUUUAUUUGGUGAUAGAGACCAUAAUAUAUGUGAAUCUAUUCUUGUUUCCAACAAAGAGUCUGCAAACAGAGCAGCCGAGGUGUUUAAUAAGUUAUUGCCUACUGGUACUUGUAGCUUUGAAAUAUCAAAUGCUCCUAUCAGUAGUUUUGAGAAUGAUUCCUUGGUGAAGGACUUGUAUUUGAGGAGGAAGCGUUCUGUGCAAUUUAAGGAAAGAUUGAUCUCUCUUAAGUUUAGGGCCCUUCAGUAUCUAUGGAAGGAAGAUGUUCGAUCACUUUCUAUGAGGAAAUUCCGAGUCAAGUCUCAUAAGAAAUUUGAUCCAAGCUUGCGCACAGUAUGCAGCAGCUCUAUAAAGCAACGUUCUUCAACAAUUCGUUUGCGACUUCCUUCUGUUGCUGGAAAUCUAAGUUCAGUACCCAACAAUGAGUUGAACAACUAUUUAAGCAAAUUGCUUUCAGACUGCAAUGUGAAGCCCUAUAGAAACAAUUUGAAGAUGCCUGCUUUAAUAUUGGAUAAGAAGGAGAAGAUGGCAACCAGGUUCAUUUCACAUAAUGGGUUGGUGGAGGAUCCCUGUGCUGCUGAAAAAGAAAGGUCCAUGAUUAAUCCAUGGACAUCUGAGGAGAAGGAAACGUUCAUGGAUAAGUUCACUACAUAUGGCAAGGACUUCUCAAAGAUUGCCUCUUUUCUUGUUCACAAAACAACUGCAGAUUGUGUAGAGUUUUACUAUAAAAAUCAUAAGUGUGAUUGGUUCAAGAAAACAAAGAAGUACCCCAGCUUGUCACAGCACGGGAAAAUGCAUUCUGCUAAUAAUUAUCUGGUUGCCUCAGGGAAGAGGUGGAAUUAUGAGGCUAAUGCUGCUUCCCUUGAUAUACUUGGUGCUGCUUCAGUAAUUGCCGCAAAAGCUGAUAAUGGCUUGGAAUCUCAACAGAGGUGUUCAUUGAGUUACUUGCGUGGGAGGUCCAGUGACCAUAAAACAUCAAGAGGAGAUAAUGGUCCAUCAGAACGGUCGAGCAGUCCUGAUGUAGAUAGUAAUGAGAGAGAAACAGUGGCUGCAGAUGUUUUGGCUGGUAUAUGUGGUUCCUUGUCAUCAGAAGCUAUGAGUUCUUGCAUUACAAGUGCAGUUGAAGCUGGUGAGAAUUACCAUGAAAUGAAAUCCCAGAGAGUGGGAGCAUUUAGCAGGUGGUCGUUAACAGCAGAGGUGAACCAAAGUGCUGAGGAUGAAACUUGUUCCGAUGAAAGCUGUGGCGAAAUAGAUCAUGCCGAUUGGACUGAUGAAGAGAAGUCUAGUUUCGUUCAAGCUGUGUCAUCCUAUGGGAAGGAUUUUACUAUGAUCGCUAGGUCUGUGAGAACUCGAUCUAGAGAUCAGUGCAAGGUUUUCUUCAGCAAGGCCCGGAAAUGUCUUGGAUUAGAUCUGAUUUGCUGUGGAUCUAGCACAGUGGCCAGAGAUGAUAGCAAUGGUGGCGGAAGUGAUGCUGAUGAUGCUUGUGCUGUGGAAACUGGUUCAGUCAUAUGCAGCGAGAAAUCAGGAGUUAAAAUGGAAGUUGAACUGCCAUCUCCUGAAACAACAUUGCACACUGAGUCUGAUCUAGCAGCAGUCAGUGCCAAGCCUGACUUGAACCAGUUCAAUGCAAAUAAUGAAAGAGCGGAGCUUGGUUCUGUUGAUACUGAAAUUCGAUCCAAGAAUUGUGUCGAUCCAUCGCAGGUGUGUGAUAAACCUCAUCGAUUGGAUGGAGAUGAUAAUGAUGAUGGAGAUGAUAAUGAUGAUGGAGAGAUCAGAUCUCGUUCUAGUGAUGAGCCAGUAGCCCUUCAGGAACAAAGAAGUGUAAGCAUUCCAGUUGUGGAAGCCGUUGGGCAACCUUGUGUGCAAGCUGAUAGACCAGAUGCCCCGGAUGAUAGGGUGCAUGCUGAAAAGCUUCCGGAGCAUCCUGAUGCUGAAUCACCAGGUGUGGCUUCCUCAGAGAUUGUUAGAAAUGAUGUAAAAGAGAAGAUGAAUGCAAGUACCUUGGACCUGGAUUUUAGUUCUGCUGGGCAAGUGUCUGACAAUAGUUGCAAUGGUCCACCUGCAAGCCAGUCUGCCUUUUCUGAUGGCUUAAUUGGAAAUCAGAAGCCGUCUCAGUUGCAAUUUCUUCCAUCAGCUGUAUCUGUUUCCAUGCAAAAUCCCUGUAUACCUCCAUUGCAGCAGAAUGGUUUCCCGGUUCCCAUAAAUCUGGUACCGCAGGUUUCUGCUGUAAACUGUGCAGAAGUCCCCAGCAAAGCUACAUCAUCAUUUCCUCAGGUUAUGACAAGUAAUGGUGAGCAGGGUCAUCAGGCUAUUCCGAAAAUCAAUGGUGAACAGGCUAUUAUAGUUGGACAGAAGUUUCUUUCUGAAAGUUCUUUCUUGAGCAGCUUUGGUUCCUCCCAUAUCCUCUAUCCUGUUCCAGGGUCGACCAUUGGAGAUGUCAAGGGUGAAACCGGUAUAAGAACUGUUACAUUUCAAAAAAAGCUGGACAUUAAUAACCAUCAGGAUCAGCUGUUGGGGCGUGAACCAUUCCUCCAAAAGUGCAAUGGGUUUAAGAAUCAGAGUUCGGUGGCUGAACUUCCAUUCAGAUCGCUUGAGCAGGUUCGGGAUACUAGUCAUGGUUACAAGUCCAGCAGCAGUUCAUCAGAUGCAGAAAAGCCUUGUCAGAAUGGUGAUGUGAAACUGUUUGGUCAAAUUCUUUCAAAGCCUUCUUUGCAGCAGAAAUCAGGCUCUGUUGCGCAACAAAACCGUGAUAAUGAGAAUCAGCCUUCUGCUUUAGGCAAACACUUGAGCCCAAGGUUCUAUUGUGAUCAAGCUGUGAAUGGAUCCAUAUCUCAGACAAAGGUGGAUCGUCACAAGCUUCUGAGCUCUGAGAGUCAUCCCUUAAGAAGGUACUGGGAUGAUAGCAGGGUUCAAACUGGUUUCAGCUCUCUGCCAAACUCUGCCUUAUUGUUGGCGAAGUAUCCUGAUGCAUUUGGAAGCUAUGCAAUGCCUUCCUCCAACAUAGAGCAGCUGCAACGUAGCUCAAUGAACAGUAGUGAAAGAAGUUUGAAUGGGGCAGCUAUUUUUCAUGCUAGGGAGAUUGGUGGCAGUAAUGCUGCUGCUGAUUAUCAAUCAUACAGGAGCCGGGAGUUGCAGCGGCAGGAUGUAGUACUGUCAGAGAUGCAAAGGAGGAAUGGGUUUGAUGUUACUGGGGUACAACAAGCAGCAAGGGGGCUUGUUGCGGUAAAUGGUAGAAGAGGUAUCCUUGUAGGUAGUCAGUGUACUGGUGUGUCAGAUCCGGUGGCGGCCAUCAAAAUGCAUUAUUCCAAUGCUAAUGGUGACCAAAUGAAUGGUGGGCCUCCUGGGAGCGUAAUUAGAGAGGAGGAUUCUUGGAGAAGUAAAGGGAAUGUAGGCAGGUAG